GGGGAGGUGGGAGGUUUAGACGUUUAGUUUACCUCAACGCCACAGAAUCUCCGCCUCCGCACCGCCGCCGCGCCGCUAUCUUCUCCACCCCCGGUCGACGUUGGGGCUAUCGUGGCUACAAUACAACGAAUGGGCAACAAACCUGCAAAGCCAAAGCAAGGGGAUGAUGUGGUGAUGCUGAAGAUUGUGCCUCCUAUAGAUCAGGACUUUGUGCGGUUGCUCUUUCGGGAUGUGGAGAGGAUCCAUGGAUUCACCGUGAGAAACCCUCGUGCCAUCAAGCCCCCGGAUCACUACAUUGAGUACAUGCAACUGAAUGGAUUGUUGGAUUUAGACUUGGAUGACCCUGACUUGGCUCAUCUCUUCAAGUAGAUCCCACCCCCUUGUGAUUCUUGAAAUGGAAAAUUGUAUCUUAAUCCCAAUGAUGACGCUUACAUACACAAUGUCGUACAAACUGUCAUUGUAUCUGAUAGUGUGACAUCGACAGUGUGGCAGUGUGACACUGGCAGUUCCAUUUAAAAAAAUAAGGCAAUCUACUCUGA